AUGCGACGAUUUGAAUUGGCAUUCCAUUGUGUUGAACUCAGCUCAACCCUGAUGAUAUCGGACUGUCGAGCUAGGACCGAUGGUUCGUUGACUUCUAAUUUCGUAUCCUUGUCUAUCUCACAUGAAUUCGCUCCAAAGGCUCAACGCGAAGCUGAUCAGCUCUCAGUCCAAGUGAAAGAUCUUUGCGACGAAGUAUCGGUUCUCUUUUCGGAUGCUUCCUCAGAUACCUUCAGCAACAACCAGCAGGCAUUGUGUGGACACUGUCUCACAUUGAAUCAGCGUAUAAUCAGCCUAUCUGAGGCGACCAAUCGAGCUGGUAUAAGCCAAUGGCGCCGAGAUGCUAUGCGCGAGGAGCUUUCAUCUGCCAAAAAGCUAAUUGAAAAUCGCGAAAAGGGGGCCAAGUUACAGAUAACCAAUCAAGUGGAUAUCCUCUUCUCUUCCUAUUUUUGA